CUGCGGCUGUGCUGAAUCGCCACUUUGCGGUCCGUGUUCGGUCCGUUUACCAACCCCUCUCCGUCUUAUAAAGAGAUGUGAAGAACUUCCUACCACCCUUCGUACUCUAUAACUGGAGGGAAGCCUUCGGGAAAUAUGGCACCCAUGAGUGUGCUCAUGUGUGGCACCGGUGAAUACACAACUGGAUGGACUGGGUCUGGGGCAUCAAAAUCCGAUAAGAAGGUGGGGGUCGUCGGUCUAACGCUCUUCGAUCUCCGUCGUCGUGGGAAGGUGGGGAGGCUAAGCAUGGUGGGCGUGAACGGUUCCAAGUUCCCCGCUAUUCGGGAGCAUUUGAAUGAAAAUAUCGGCAAGGUGUACAAAGAUAUGAACUUGGAGUUUGAUAAUUACCCGGAAGUAGGAAAGACUGACUCCCAAGCUUACAAGGCGGCGAUUGACGUACUACAUCCUGGGGAUGCUAUCGUCGUAUUCACUCCUGACAACACCCAUUAUCCUAUCGCUUUAUAUGCGUUGGAGCGCAAGAUCCAUGUGUUAUUGACGAAGCCUGCCACGCAGCUUCUUCAGCACCACCAACAUCUUGUUCAGGUAGCGGCCCAGAACAAUGUUGUGUGUUGGGUGGAACAUCACAAACGCUAUGAUCCCGUCUAUUCCGAUGCAAAAUUCAAAGCUCGUGCUCUCGGAGAUUUCAACUUCUUCACUGCAUGGAUGUCGCAACCCAAAUCUCAGCUAGAGACGUUCAAGGCAUGGGCAGGAAAGGACUCUGACAUCUCGUAUUAUCUGAGCUCGCACCAUAUUGACAUCCACACCUGGAUUAUGGGGGAUUCCGGUUACCCGACACGGGUAACGGCCUCCGCCUCUUCUGGUAUUGCCACUUCGCCGCCGUACUCCUGCGUCCCAAAUACCGAGGACACCAUCACACUCCUCGUCGAUUGGGCAAUCACUGGGAAGGAGAAGACUCACAAGGGUGUAGCAGUCUACACUGCUAGCUGGACCGCACCUACGACUCAAGGUAUCCAUUCGGCGCAGCAUUGGCAUUACAUGGGGAGCAAGGGGGACGUGGCAGUUGACCAGGCACACCGGGGCUACGAUGUCACUGUAGAUGGAGAAGGCAAGACAAGGACAAACAUUAGCUACAACCCUUUCUAUAUGAAGUAUUCCCCAUCAGAAACCGGCCACUUUGAUGGCCAGCGUGGAUACGGCUACAUCUCUAUCGAGAGAUUCAUCGAUGCUGCGGUCUCAGUAAACGAAGGCUCCGCUCGGCCUUCCGACUAUGACACCUACGACCUCCCAACCAUCAAGAAUACUGUGUUGACCACUGCUAUUCUCGAGGCUGGAAGAAGAAGCCUUGACGAGAAGAGAAGCGUAGGGAUUGACCGGGGAUCCAGUGGAAACUGGAUAUUAGUUUAG